AUGGGGCGGGGGGAGACCUUCGUGGUCUCCCGUCAGCAGCCUGAUGACUUAAUCGCAUCCACCUGCGUGGUGGACCUCACCUGCGUGGUGAGGGGAUACCUGCGUGGGGAUACCUGCGUGGUAUCCAGUCAGCUGGCAGAUGACUCAAUGGCAUCCACCUGCGAGGUGGACCUCACCUGCGUGCCAGAUGACACAAUUGCAUCCACCUGCGUGGUGGACCUCACCUGCGUGGUGAGGGGAUACCUGCGUGGUAUCCAGUCAUCUGCGUGCAUGGCGUGCGCUAGCUCCGAGGAGUCUGCCGAGACAGAGGACGAGUCAGAACGGCAGGACGCCCCUACAGAGAAGCCAGACAGCAAAGCCGAGCCGAAGGAGGAGAAAGAAUCAUCGGGUCACAGAGGAAAGCGUCGUCGACGUCACACACGCUCUCGAGAUCGUGACCGUGGCAGACGUCGGGACAGGAAGUCGCCCAGUGCACGUCGAGAGACAAGUCGUCGUGAGAUGCGGUCUUCCGUCCCCGAACCUUUGGACCCACCUCGUAGCAAGCAGGAGGAUUCCACGAAAGCCUCCAAAGGAAAGGAGUACAAGGGCGCAGGCAAGAAACGGGACUUCUGGAUUUGCCUCGAAUGUGGUCAAAAGGUUGCCCCUUAUAAGGCCGCCAUGGAACAACACAAACAUCUGAAUGAACAUUGCAUUGCUUGCCAGCAAUGGAAUCGUCUCCCCAAGUGGGAGCAGAACGAGGCUGGGUCGUGGCCGCGCUGCAAGCAUGAGGCUCGUGCCAAUAAGUAUGGCAGGCAAACGGAGCUGGCGGAGGAAGGGAGACAUUAUUGGGAAGAGGAAGGCGAUCGUGAUCGAAGUCCUGCCUGGAGCCUGCGCUCGGCAGCUGCUGCUGCAAGUUCCCAUCGGGAUCGCUCUGUGAUUUCCCCGGUAAGGAAGGAAAAUAUGAACAAGAAGUCGAAGGGAAAGACUUCUCCGGAGAAAGGAAAGAAAGAGAGGACAGAGAAGCGCGACUCUUCUCCGGAGAAGCCGAAGAAAAAGAAGAAGAAGGAAGCUUCCGGAUCUUCUGAGCCUUCCGAUGACAAACGAAAGUCAUCUGCGAAGCGCUCCGGCCAAGUGUUGCAGCAACUCCUAGUGUCAGCAUCCAAAGAAGAUGUACGAGGGCGUUGGCAGCCCGAACCAGACCAGUCCUGGAAAGAUGCAUGGCGGAAUUUGAGUCAAUGCAUCGAUAUGGCCGAAGCGAAGGCUCACCAUGAGCGCGCCUACGAGGUGGAAGAUCGCUUGAUUCGGUUCAACUGCGUCUUGCUGCGCGCUACCCAUUGGCUGCCUGGUGCUGUGCAAGGGGAAAGCAUUCGGAUCAACUGCAAGGCUUCCGCGUGGACCACGGGCAAGUGGAAGCGAUAUGAGGAACGAGUGCGAGGUUAUCAUGCUGAGCAUUUUGCGGCAGCCAUGGAAGAUGCGUUGCAUCUAAACAGUGCUCUACGAAAGGUGGGAGAAACUUUUCGAAACGAAAUGAGUUGGCUGCAGUGUGUUCUGACGUACUUGCCUGUGACGCAGCAAAGCAUGCAGUACGGUGAAUCGUCUGACGAUGCUUCCUGGGCUGACUUCUGCAUUAGGGCUGCAAACUUAGAUGGCCUGCAGCAGGUCCUUUCCCAGCAGCAUGGGAACGAAGCCCGAGUGGCGGUCGAAGCAUUGCGGUGGGCACUCUGGUGGUCAGCUGCACGCUGUGAUGCUGUGGGUGCAAAUGAAGACAUGGUCACAUGUCUGCGCACGCAGCGUCUUCUGGACUCCGCCUUCCUUCCACGUGAAGUAAUGCGUAUCCUGCCUGGUGACUUUUUAGUUGUUCCUGUGCACAUUCCUGUGUGGAAUGACGAAUGGGAGAGGGUGCGGUGGCAAGCCCAGGAACAUGUCGCAGAGGUCCAAAAGGGGGAGCAAAUCUUAUUGAGCAUGUUGCCGUCUCUGCAUUCCUGCCUUGGAUUGCGCGAAGGUUGCUGGAUAGAUCGUGCUUUGGCCAUUGUAGGAGACCAGAACUUGCAAGUUUUGCAACUUGCAGUAUCUCCUAAAGGAAGCAACUUAGACAGCUUCAGCGGAGAAGAGUCUUGCAAGUUUUUUCGGGAUGUGCGCCGGAAGAAAGCAGAGGCUCCCAAUAGUCGGUUGCAGUGGACGUCGCUGCGCGCGAUGUUGGUUAGUGCGCUGACACAGCGUCGGGUUUCCUCGUUCAAGUCGAAGCUGACUGGCAAAGAACUACCACUCGAAGUGUGGAUGACCAAGGGCUGGCCGAAAGAGACCGUACUGGCCAGUCGGAAUUUUUGGUCGGACAAGCACCACUGCCAGCUUUAUGUCGUGGAUGUUACGGAAAAGACUUGGUCCGAAGAGUACCAGACAGUGGAAAGCGAGGUGCUGCAGCACGAAGCAGAUGCCACCGCUGCCCGCCAAGGAAAGAAAAAGAAGAAGAAGCAGGGUCCGAAUGCGGACGAACCUCAUUCCAGUGACGACGAAAUGGCGCUGCCAUGCGCCACUGGUACCGGAGAAGAGGUAGACAAGAAGAAAGCGGAGAAAUCGCAGAAGAAGGUGUUGCAGAUCAAUGCCUCUCUGGCCAAUCGCGCGGCAAAGGCUAUGGGUCCCAUUUCACAGAAUUGGACGAGCUUGGCCACCUUGCAGGAGAAAGUUGCAAAGGCAGGUGUCACGGUGCCAACAGGCAUUGCAGAGUCAGCACAGCAAGCCACAGAAAAAUUUCGCAACUGGUCAGAAGCAGCACGUGCAGCUGUGAACAUGCACGAGUCUGCGAAGCAGCUUGCGGAAGAAGACGUGCAGCGUCUCGCUGACUUGCCCUUUGGGCCCGCAGACUUGAAGACGGCUGUGCAACAGUCGGUCGAAAUUUGCAAGUCCUUGCGCGCUCUGAUCCCAGCCAAAGCAGCGAAGGGCAAAGCAAAGCCGAAGGCAUGUCCGAAGGCUGCUGCGGUAGCCGUGGCAGAGACUGGUGCAGUCGCUGCAGCAGAGACGAAUGAUGCCUCUCCAGGGGAAGUACCAGCGCGAGGUGAUGACACCAGUACGGUAGAGCCCGUCGCAAAGCGACGCCGCAUGAAGUCGGCCAGCUAG